AGAGCAUAAUCUGGGUGGGGAGAUGUGGCUGGAAAUACAGUGAGAGGAGCAAUCAAGAGGACAAGACACCUUGGGCCUGCAAGCCAUGACAAGGAACUGGAUUUUAAGAGCAAUAGGAAAUCACUAAAUUUUAGUGUCCAAAAGGUUUUAGGCAAGGGAACGAGAUGAUCUCCGUUUUAAGAUCGAUCUUGCUACAGUUUGUAAAACUGCCUAAGGAUGGUAAAAGACUGAACCUGAGAUUUCAUUUAGAAGGAAACUAGUGUAGAGCAGGUGAGAGAUGAUGGUGGCAUGGUCUAGAUUAAGAAAGGCCCUUGGGAAAAUUAACAGCCCUGCCCUAAUAUUUUUGCAGAAAUGAUCCUUUAUGAUUGUGCUGCACAAAUCCCAAAUGAGGUGAAGGAUGUUGUCUUGUCCUAUUAUGAACUUUUCUGGGGAAAAUGCUCUUUCCAAAAUCAACAUAAAAUUAGAUCUUUGUCAGUUCUAAGUAUUAGAACAUAAAAUCUUAACCAACGUUGUUAAACUCAUAGAUUUCCAGCAUGUAAUUUUCAUUUUCUGGAAGGUGAUUAGGAAUCUUUCCAAAGAGAUGACACAUGGCUUGAGAACUGGGGGCGGGAAGCCAAAGGAAGCAGCCAUUAGGUCUCCACGCUGAAAGAAUAGCCAAGUGCAGAGGCCUUGAGAAGGGAAUGAAAUGGCCACGUUCAAGAACACAAGCAGCCCAGUGGCUGGAGCAGAGUAAAUAUCCAUGGUAUGUGGUCCACAUUUACUGAAUGUCCAAGACAUGUCUUCUAAUUCAUCUGUCACCAAAGUGGUCAUAAGCAGUCGCCAUCAAUAAGAAACAAGCAGAGAAAGGGCCUACAGUUAAAUUUAUUUUUCAGUUGCCUCACAAAAGGCUAAGUAAAACUCAGUUUCUGGUGAACCCAGGUAGACAUGCUCAUUUUAAAGAGAAUGAAUAUAUCUAGGAAGAGCCUGGCAGUAUAUUCCCAAAGGCGUGACAAUAAAGUUCCUUAACAUGUAGUCAGCACCCUCAAACGUCAACAGGUCUGGAAAAUUCGGAAUCAUUUCCUCCUGUCAUUGGCCCUUCAAGCUAAUUCAUACGGGGCAGCCUCUCCUACUCCGACCCGGAGCCUAUCAAUCAACGAGAAAACAGCUUCCCCUCACUGGGCGGUGCGAACAAACUCUACACAAUCAAGUCGGAUAGACGACUGGAAACCGCGGGCAUUACAGGGCAGUCCUUAACGUCAUAUUCGCUUGUCCGCUCGGCCGCCUCCGCCUAACCGGAAGUCGCGGAUGUGACGAUGCAAAAACGCCCGUCGGGGGCGCGUCUCUUUCAGCAGCCAAUGGGCUCUGCCCACCUUCGUCCUCGUCAGCAUUUUGUCUAAUCGCGGCCUGUGACGCUCGAAGGGCGGGGAGCAGAGGGAGAUACAGAAACCGACAGGGGCCAGGCGCCCGGUGGCUCCGAAGCGGGGAAGUGGGACAAGAUGGUUUACAUCUCGAACGGACAAGUAUUGGAUAGCCGGAGUCAGUCUCCAUGGAGAUUAUCUUUGAUAACAGAUUUCUUCUGGGGAAUAGCUGAGUUUGUGGUUUUGUUUUUCAAAACUCUGCUUCAGCAAGAUGUGAAAAAAAGAAGAAGCUACGGAAACUCAUCUGAUUCCAGAUAUGAUGAUGGAAGAGGGCCACCGGGAAACCCUCCCCGAAGAAUGGGUAGAAUCAAUCAUCUGCAUGGCCCUAGUCCCCCUCCAAUGGCUGGUGGAUGAGGAAGGUAAAUGUCUGCUCUAAGAAGCAGACAACCGGACAUGCACGUUCAUAGCAGAAGGAAAACAUCAAGAAGUGGAAGGCUGACCAUGAUGAGCAGUAGAUGAAUGUGUAUGUCUGAACAAGGACUGCUCUGUGUCCUCACAGAUGAAUGAGGUCAUGCUGGGAAUUCCCUCUGCAGGGAACUGGCCUGACUGACAUGCAGUUCCAUAAAUGCGGAUGUUUGUCUCAUUACCUUUUUGUAUCGUUUAUUAAAGUAUUAAUAUAGUUUUAAUAAGUAAAUAUUUUUAGGUUGCAGAAUGGACUCCUCAUCUUUAUAUUCACGAAAAAACAAUCUGAAGAAAAUAAAUAAAAGCCUGUGUAUUUAGCA